CAAUGGCAGUGGCUGAUCCUCCUGAACUCGUUGUAAUCGAUUGUGUUGCAUUAUUUUACGAAGAGGGGAAAGGCGGAGAAAACUUUCGGAAGAAAAACAAAUUCAGAUGUCGGAUAGACAAGGAAGAAAAAAGACUCGUGAAGUUCAGGGAGAGUAUUUGUGAAUUUGCUGGCAUUAAAAGCACCGCAAAGACUUUAGGUCUCGGUGAUAAUCUCCGUGUGGAGCUUAAUAGGGAAACAAAGAAAGAUGGUAGAACAGAGAGAAUAUCAAUAGAGACAGACCAGCAACUGGAACUUGAGUUACCUCCAAUUUUAACCCGCUGCGACAAACUACAACUUAUCAUUUACCCGAUAAGGACAGUGUUCUCCAGUAAGUGCCCUAAAAUUGUGAUAAAGGACACAAACUCAAGUCACAAUCCGCCUGCGCCUUCAUCGAGGUCUUGCGAUUUGCUCGAUCAGGAAAAGGCAAGACUAAAUGAAGGUAAAUUGUUAAAAAUAUGUUCGAGGCUGUAUUUCAAUCAGAUUAGGCCGUGGCAUCAGACGAGCGAUCAACAUCAUCAUCCAAAGAGGUCUUUUAAGCUGGCGCCGUAG